AUGCAACAACAAAUGCAGACUCAGGAAGAACAGUUUGAGCGAGGACUCAAACAUGAGCUAAAGAAGGUGAUAACGCCUUUGAGGGAGAGAAGAUUCUCAGCCUUGGUAGAACAGACAAAGAGUGUUGAGCACCUAGAGAAGGGCCCUGGUCUAGUUAGUCGACAUCAGAAGAAUGUUGCAGAAGCUAGGCAGAUGAAGAAGCCAUACAGCCGACCACCUACCACCCCUGGAAAUUUUAAAUGUUUUCAAUACGGUGGAGUGCAUCUGAAGAGGCAUUGCCCACAACUGAAAUAUCAAACUAGCGGACAGGGAAGUAGUCGCCAAUGCUUCAUAUGUGAUCAGGUAGGGCAUUUUGCUAAUCAAUGCCCAGAUAAGAAGACAACUGGGCCGAAGAAACCAUCAACCUUUUCAUCCGAGAGACCUAGAGAUGCUAGAAGGGCCUUUGCAAUGACCACUACAGAAGCGACUCAAUCAGAGAAAAGUGACUUGGGUUGUGAGUUGCUAGUUUCAACUCCAUAUGCGGGUCAAGUAGCUACCAGUUCAGUUUGUGUUGGAUGUUCGAUUGAAGUGGCAGGUCGUAGAUUCAAAGUGAACUUGGUGUGCUUGCCUUUGGAGGGAUUGGAUGUUAUACUAGGAAUUGACUGGUUGUCUAACAACCACGUCAUGAUUGAUUAUGGACGGUGCAAUUUGGAUCGAGACAUUGACUUCACCAUUGAUCUGAUUCUUGGUGCAAGUCCAGUGUCAAUGACCCCAUGCAAAAUGGCACCUGCAGAUAUGGCAGAACUCAAGAAACAAAUUGAGGAUCUGUUUGAAAAGAGGUUCAUCCGACCAAGUGCAUCACCGUGGGGAGCCCCGAUGUUAUUAGUGAAGAAAAAAGAUGGAAGUUCGCGACUUUGUGUGGAUUAUAGGCAGCUGAAUAAAUUGACCAUCAAGAACAAGUAUCUGCUGCUAAGGAUCGAAAAUUUGCUAGAUCAGUUGAAGGGAGCAGAGAUGUUCUCCAAAAUAGAUGACGUGCAAAAGACAGUAUUCAGAUCAAGAUACGACCAUUAUGAAUAUCUUGUGAUGUCAUUUGGAGUGACGAAUGCACCAACAAUAUUCAUUGAUUACAUGAUUAGAAUUUUCUGA